CAUUGUGAAAUAUUAUUAUCAGUUUGUGUGUAUGAGUAUAAAUACGGGAUAUCGAGGAAAUAUUAAAUCAGUAUUAAUCACUCAUCGCCGAUUUGUUUCACCGCGGUAACGGCUGUUAGUUCGUCUUCGUAAAAGCAAGAAAAUCAAAGGAUCAACAAAAGAAACAAACACCAUGCGUGGGAAGUUGAGCGAAAUAGGAUUUCUCCUAAUCCUUGCACAAUUUUCAUGUCAGAUGACAGAACAAGUUUCGCCGGAUUAUUAUACUGCAGCCGUGGUAGAGUUUUCACCGACUUAUGUUUGGGGCGAUGCCUUAAAAACUUUGACGUACAACACGAACGCGUACAUCAAAUACAUAGAAGAAGCAAGUAGACAGAACGCUGACAUUAUCGUCUUCCCGGAGGAUGGGCUAACAUCGACCAAUUUGCCCAGCAGAAUAGAACUAAUGGAUGCUUGGACAACGGCGAUUCCUUCCCCUCACGAUGAAUAUAUCCCUUGCACAGGAACUGAAAUCAACAUUAGUGAAACGUUAAAAAGAUUAUCGUGCGCUGCGAGAAGAAAUCGCAUCUAUGUGGUAGUAAAUAUUGCCGAGAAAGAGCUUACAAUCAGAGACAAUGACUGUUCCUUGAAUGGCACGUGGCAUUAUUACAAUACCAACGUUGUAUUUGACCGAACGGGAAAAAUAAUCGCCAGGUAUCGCAAAGUGAAUCUCUAUAUGGAACCACAAUUCUCGAAUACCGAGAUACCGGAAAUCGUAACAUUUGACACUGAUUUCGGAGAGAGAUUCGGUACCUUUAUAUGCUUCGAUAUACUGUUUGCUGUGCCGGCCUUAAAUUUGACGAGAAUAGAAGGAGUUUCAAAUAUCGUAUACCCGACCGCCUGGUUCUCGGAAACGCCAUUUUUAACUGCUCCACAAACACAAUUUGGAUGGUCCUAUGCCGAGAACGUAAAUCUUUUGGUAGCUGGAUAUCAUCAUCCGGAAGUCGGGAAUGCGGGAAGUGGUAUUUAUUUAGGUCGCAACGGAAUUGCUAACGUAUCCAUGAUUCACGAUCCUGAGUAUCGGCUUUUGAUCUCUCGAGUACCAAAAACAAAACAUAGAAAAACAGUAAUGGAACAGGAGUCACCGAAUAAAGAAAGGGAAGAUCAGAAAACGGAAGGAAAUGAAUCGUCAAAGAAAGUGGACACACUUGAUUGGAUAACACUAUUACACGACAAUGUUAAAGCGUACAGGACUUCUCUGUUAAACUAUCAUAGGAAUGAGGUACAUCUGAUGUCUAAAGAUUUUCGUUGUCAAGUUGAGGCUGAACUGCAGAUCGAUGAUUCGUCUCCGAUUCGUUAUAACGCAGUAUAUUUUAAUGAUGUUCGCACGUACGGCACUCGAGUGGAAGCCGGUGUUCGUUUAUGUGGCCUGGUCCAGUGUCUCAACAAUUCGGUCGAAUCUUGCGGUUUCAUUGCCCGAUCCAACACAACCUUUUCCAAUAUAAAAAUCACAGCAACGUUCCUCAGUUACGAUUACCCAAAAAUUCUGGCAAUACCCAACGUACUCGACUAUUCGCUCCUUCCUUUCAACGAUUGGUCGUACGUUGAGAAUACGCGUGGAGCCGAAACCAAUGUAACUAUUACUUUGAACAAACCGAUGAAAGAUCUUAUCGCUUUUGGUAUAUAUAGCAGAUUCUUUGAUAGAGACAGAUGGAAUUAAUUAUGAUAUU